AUGGACCGCAAGUAUGCAGAAAGCUUCACGCAUGAGAGAAAACACUACAAAACUUCAGACGAUAGAUCAAUCAUCAGUACUCGCGUCAGGAUUUCAUUCAAAAGUUUUCUCAAUCACAUAGAUAUUCUGUCCUUCUUUCUUUCUUUCUUUCUUUCUUUCUUUCUUUCUUUUCAUUAUAAUAAUCAUUCUGUCCAAAAGUAUUUGUCUUCUGCAUCAUAUGAAUAUCUUUCUUUCUUUCUUUCUUUCUUUCUUUCUUUCUUUCAUUCAUUCAUUUUCUUGCUAACCUUCAUUUUUCUGUAUCACUUGAAUUUCUUUCUUUCUUUCUUUUCUUUCUUUUCUUUUUUCUUUCAUUAUAAUAAUCAUUCUAUCCAAAGUUUUGUCUUUGGUUUCUUCAUCCUUCUUCUGUAUCAUUUUCUUUCUUUCUUUCUUUCUUUUCUUUUUUCUUUUCAUUAUAAUAAUCAUUCUUCUUCUGUAUCACUUGAAUAUCUUUCUUUCUUUUUUCUUUCUUUCUUUCUUUCUUUUCUUUUUAUAAUUCAUUCUGUCCAAAGUCCUUUGGUAAUUCAUGCUAACCUUCAUUUCUUUGUAUCAAGUCUUUCUUUCUUUAUCUUUCUUUUCUUUCUUUCUUUCUUUCUUUCUUUUCAUUAUAAUAAUCAUUCUGUCCAAAUCUUCUGUAUCCACUUGAAUUUCUUUCUUUCUUUCUUUCUUUCUUUUCAUUAUAAUAAUCAUUCUAUCAAAAGUCUUUUCUUCCUUUCCUUCAUAUGUUAUAGUCUUCUGUAUCUUCCUUUUUUCUUUCUUUCUUUCUUUCUUUCUUUCUUUUCUUUUUUCAUUAUUAAUAAUCAUUCUGUCAAAAAUCUUCUGUAUCACUUGAAUAUCUUUUUCUUUCUUUCUUUCUUUCUUUCUUUCUUUUCAUUAUAA